AUGGCAUCGCCGCGACGAUCAGAUGGGACUGGAACCUCCAGCCGCGAUUUGCUUGGUACGUUUGAAGUCAAGGAGCUUGGAGCUUUCGCAAUCAUCUUCAAGAACUCCUUUAUAGAUGUCUUGCCUCUUGCCGAAGGUGCAUCGCCCGAGGAGGCCAAGAUUCCCUUUCCGCUGGUGCGGACCAAGUCUAUGCCCAUCUUACCCCGGUCGAAAGUUGACCCUGAUGUGGCGGUUUCACCAAAGGUCGACGUGGACAUUGUGAUGGAUGCUCCACACGACGUGGGCAGCAUCGUGGCCCACCAGAACAGGACCGGGGAAGUCCGUGUGAAGUCCGAGAAACUCCACGACACAGGAGGAACCGGCUCUGUUUGGAACGCAAGCUUGGCCGGCGCAGGGCUUGAGCUGACCCUCUCUAUCCGCACGUUUCUCGCGCAGAUGCGCCAACUGCACCAGCUGCUCCGCAGUGACGAUGUGCCGCGCGGCGGCAGCCGCCUCACUCAGGGCUGCCUGGAGAUCGGAGAGGCUGGGCUGGGCGUGCGGGAAGCAACCCCGGAGCGGCGCACGCCGGGCCAGGUGGUGCGCGGGGCUUUCCGGCCGAAGGACCACCUGAGCGGAGGAUGCAUCACAUCAGAUAAGCAAGAUCAUCCUCUGGCUCUGCAGCGAAAGGCCGGCAGUGGUGGCCCUGGCACCGGCUCGGGGGGCGCCGUGCACCUGGUGGCCGGGCCAACGGGCUUCGUGCCGGCCGGACCGGGCUACGAGGCGCCGGAGGCGGCUCCGGACACGAGGCACAGGCCUUCGGGCUACAAGCCAGUUUGGGGAUGA